CUCCAAGCAGUUAACAUUAAUAAAGUUGUGAUAAUGGUAUUGAAGGAUAUAAUCGCUGAGAAUUCUGACGAGACUGCGGCAGAAACUAACAGCAAGUAUAGAGCGUAUUCUGACGGGCAUCGCACUAAUUUUCGACGUUACCAUGUGUACCCGAAUGCUAUAUAUUUUUAAUAGGUCCGAAACUGGGCGUGCGACAUUUGCAAAGUAUACUGAUAUUUUUCGGUUUCUGUGUGGCGUUUAUGCAACGAGCCAAUCUCUCAGUGGCCAUUGUGGUAAUGAUGGAUCGGAAUUCCACAAAUCCAGAUUUUCCGGAGUACGCCUGGUCGGAGCAAACAAAGUCACUGGUACUAAGCAGUUUCUUUUGGGGUUACGUCCUCAUGCAGAUACCAGGCGGUCAGCUGGCACAGCGUUUUGGCGGUAAAGUAAUGUACCUCUUCGGUGUAGGCAUUUCUGGAUUUCUCGCCUUAUUUACGCCCUUAAGCGCACAACUGGGCGAUUGGCAAUUCAUUUGCGCCUUGCGCUUUUUGCAAGGCUUCUGUCAAGGUUCUCUUUAUCCUUCGACGCAUACGCUUUUAUCCCAAUGGGCGCCACAAACUGAACGCGGUAUACUUGCAACAAUUUGCUUUUCCGGGCCGCAAUUCGGCACGAUCAUCAUAUUGAGCAUUAGUGGCACAUUAGCUGCUUCAAAGUAUGGUUGGCCGAGCAUUUUUUAUAUUUCCGGCGGUUGUGGCAUUAUCUGGUCUUUUGUGUGGUGGCUGUGGGGCGCUGAUUCACCGCGUCGUUGCAAAUUAAUUACAACAAAGGAGCGGAAUUACAUCGAAUCAGCAUUAGCAAUGAUUUCUAAGAGUGAGAAUAAUGCCACCUCAGCUAAGUUACCAACACCUUGGUUAAGCAUAUUCACAUCGGUGCCAUUUUGGGUGCUACUCAUCGCCAAUUGUGCCUAUAAUUUUGGCUAUUGGACAAUGAUGACACAAAUACCCUCGUACAUAAAGAAUGUGUUCGACAAAGAUAUCCAAAGUAAUGCCUUGCUCUCCGCUCUACCAUAUACCGCUAAUCUGGUACUCGGGCUGUGUUUCUGUGCCCUAGCUCAGGUAUUGCUGUCAGCGAAGGUGUUAAGCAUGAAUGCUAGUCGUAAGAUAUUCAACACGAUCGGCAUGUGGAUACCGAUGGCGGCCAUCAUUGCACUGGGGUUCGUCGACGCAGAUAAUGCCGAUUUAGCUAUUGUCCUAUUAACUUUGGGUGUGGGUACCGACUCAGCAACCUUUUUAGGUUAUCUUGUGAAUCAUAUGGACUUAGCACCGAAUUUCGCAGGCACACUGAUGGGCAUUACAAACUGUGCGGCUAAUGUAAUGGGCAUUAUUGCACCGUUAAUUGUUGGAGUUAUUGUGACAGAUACGACUAACCCCAAUCAGUGGCGUAUUAUUUUUAUCAUUAUGGCACUGUACUACUUUAUUGCGAAUUUACUGUUUAUAACUUUAGGCAGCACUAGACUGCAGCCCUGGAACGAGCCAGUGAAACGAGACACAAAUCGUGAACAACAACAUACUGAACGAUGAAAGCAUCUGAAUUACAUUUAGCAAACAAGCGGAACUGGAGCAUAAUGCUUAUCCAAAAUGUUAUAAAAAAAUUAUUUGCUAUAAGCGUAAAAGGUUUUUGUUUAAUCCUUUUUAUACCCCGUUGUUUUUUUUUUUUUUGGUUUAUUUCAUUUUUUUGUUUCAUGUUUGUUUGUCGAAAAUUACCGUUCUUAUUAUACAAGUAUCAUAUCAUAUUAUAUAAGUAUGAGUCAGGUGUGAUACCUAUUUUAUUUUUAUUUGAGAUAAUUUUUUGUUUAAAUAUAGUAAAAAUAACUCAAGAUUAUCAAAUUAGAUCCUUGUAUUUUUAGAGUAGUUAUUGGCCAGCAAUAAUAUUAAAAGAACAAAAAUCAAUACGAUUUUUUUUUUCUAAAAUAUGUUAACUUUUGGUCUGUAAUUAUUAUAUAUUAUGUUUAUGGUCUGGAAGCCUAUAACUGGAUGAAAAGUUUAACCCUUAAAAAUCAAGUAAUUUAAUAUCUUGAAAAAUUAACUAUACCUGGUAUUAUCAGUUCCAGCAUUUAAUGUUCUGACUACGAUUUUAGAAUUGUAAUUCUAUGCCUCAAUGAAGCAGGCAGCGCAGGGGAGCAUAAUUUUUCUACCGUAUACCCUGUUAUAUAAAAGGUGAUGUGGCCCGAACUUAUAUUAUAUUAUGCGAUUAAAUUAAUAAAAUAUUUACCGUUCCUUGAAAAAGAGUGUGGCUCGCUUAAUAUUUGAUAGUGAUAAGAAAAAACAAAAUGUAUAGCAGAAAAUUUAUGGUAUGUACAUACAAACCAAAUGUCAAGAGAUGUGAAGCUUCAGCACUUUUAUCUAAAUAAAUUAAAAUGUAUAAUAUAAUAAAAUAAAAUGUUUUC